GUCUGUUUUGUCGGUUCAAUGCAUUAGUUUGUGUGUUAUGCUGUGCGUCGCGGAAUAAUUUCUGUUUGAAGCAGACGGGUAAAAACGUUUGACAAAGUAGUUGCUAUAACGAUCAACAUUUUGUGUAAUGUGUGAUGAAAUGGGGACAGAAUUAUUCAUACAAAGUAUGCGUUUUAAAUUUUAACUGAUUUAAUUUUUCUAACAAAGCAACCUAUGUAUGCUUUCGAAUAAGUCCCGUUGUGAAUAAGAACAUUCGAAACUCACCUUAUUUUGGCAUUUCAAGUCUUGCUUUGGCGUUAUAUUAGUACAUCAUGGGUCGGAGAGAAGCAAACACAACUAACGCUGAAAGAAAAAUAAUUUUGCAAAUGUAUAAUGAGGGCAAAUCAUAUGGAGAAAUCGGCCAAGCGUUGAAUCGAAGUCGUUUUACUAUUUAUAGCAUAAUAAAACGUUCUAAAGGGGAAAUAAAUCUGCAGCGCCGACGUCUUACUGGAAGACCUCGCAAAUUGAGCCUGAGUGAUGAAGGCCUUAUAAUAAGACAAAUAAAAGAGAAUCCACAAAUUACAACAACGCAAAUAGUAGCAAAAGUUUUUGAAGAAAUUAAUAUAAAAGUCCAUCCGAAAGCAGUUCUCAGGGUUUUGAGACGUGCCGGGUAUAGCACGCGAAUAGUUCGAAGGGAAGCACUCAUCAGCAAAGUCAAUGAAUAUAAAAGGAGCAACGACAUUUUACAAACGGAUGGACGGAUUCGAGUCUGGAGAAAACCCAAUAGCGAAUUCGAUAAAAGCGAUACAGGGACAGAAUUAUUCAUACAAAGUAUGAGUUUUAAAUUUUAACUGAUUUAAUUUUUCUAACAAAGCAACCUAUGUAUGCUUUCGAAUAAGUCCCGUUGUGAAUAAGAGCAUUCGAAACUCAACUUAUUUUGGCAUUUCAAGUCUUGCUUUGGCGUUAUAUUAGUACAUCAUGGGUCGGAAAGAAGCAAACACAACUGAAGCUGAAAGAAAAAUAAUUUUGCAAAUGUAUAAUGAGGGCAAAUCAUGUGGAGAAAUCGGCCAAGCGUUGAAUCGAAGUCGUUUUACUAUUUAUAGCAUAAUAAAACGUUCUAAAGGGGAAAUAAAUCUGCAGCGCCGAUGUCUUACUGGAAGACCUCGCAAAUUGAGCCUGAGUGAUGAAGGCCUUAUAAUAAGACAAAUAAAAGAGAAUCCACAAAUUACAACAACGCAAGUAGUAGCAAAACUUUUUGAAGAAAUUAAUAAAAAAGUCCAUCCGAAAACAGUUCUCAGGGUCAUGAGACGUGCCGGGUAUAGGUCACGAAUAGCUCGAAGGGAAGCACUCAUCAGCAAAGUCAAUGAAAAUAAAAGGAUAGAGUUCACAAAGGAAUAUAAAAAUAAGGCAAGCAACGCCAUUUUCAGCGACAUUUUACAAACGGAUGGACGGAUUCGAGUCUGGAGAAAACCCAAUAGCGAAUUCGAUAAAAGCGAUACAAAAGAUCCAAUUGAAGUAUAUGACAUGCUCCUAAGUGACAGAACAUCACAGGACUCCGUCAAGCAAAAUGACGCGUUCAAUAAGCGACUCAUACGCCACGUGCGAAGGCAUCGAAUACUCUACGAUCCGGCGUACGCAAAUUUUUCCAGCGCCGAAGCUAAAUUGGUAGUGUGGGAGAAAAUAGCGAAGCAAAUGAGAUGUGAUGCUGAUGUCUGUAGGAAUGCUUGGAUAAAUUUACGUUAUUGCUAUCAGAAAUAUGUGCGUCGAUUGCGUAAAUUCUUUGCCAAUAAAAGAGGCGAUAAGCGCCUGCAUAGGCCGGCUAUGGCAUUCGAGACUGAAAUGCUCUUUCUUUGGCGCUUCAUUUCGGACAAAGCUUCUUGUCCUUUGCCAUAUAAUGAAAAGAAGGUGGAAAAAGAAGAGCCGCCAGCAGAACAUAUCGUAGAGGAUGAUGAUAUUGUAGUGCUAGAGGAUGACGUCGAAGUAAUUGAUUUGGAUGACGAUGCGACUAAUAUUGCAAGACCGUUCACGAAACAAUUCAAGACUCAAUUCCAAAUCACGCCCGAGAUCAGGCGGCUAUUGGCUAGUAUAGAACCCUACGAAGAAUUGUAUGACAGCUAUCACAGAUAUUACCAAGACUACCGACGUAAGGGCAUCAUUUGGAAUGCGAUUGCGAACGAAGUGGGCGACAAAGCAACCAAAUUAAUGAAAUGUUGGAUUCAAAUACAAACCCGUUAUGAGUGGGAAAUUACGCAACGGCUUCUUUAUAGUGACGAGUCAGCUACGCGGCCUGAAACCGAGCUAGAAAGUCUGUUGACAUUCUUCAAGCCACAUAUACUGAAAAUGCCCAAUACUGUAUAUAAAUCUUCAUACUUCCUUAAGCAGGCCUGGCACGAGCCCAUUGAUCAUUUUAAGAAUAUCUUUAGUCUGUUGGUGGCUAUGAAGAAAUAUCCAGCGGUAAUUUCACUUACCGAAACGGUCACGAAAGGAUUCGCAUCAAACAACGGCGUCGCUGUUAGUGCCAACUACGCAACCAUUUGGGGCGAUGUUGCCACGGCAAAGGGUGGUUCGGUAACGCCUGGCCAAUGUGAAGCCACUUGGAUUAUUUUGCGCACAUUCUACUGGGAGCUGGUCAAUAUGCGCAAACACAGCUAUCAGCUGCAGGACAAGUGGUAUUUUGAGACGAUUAUUUCCGAAUUGUAUGCGCUGGCGAAGGCGCAAAAAAUGUUGCGCACAAAAUCGAAGCAAAACGUUGGAACGCACAUUUUGUCGUCGAUAUGUGCGGAUGAGUCGCCUACACCGUCACCACCGCUACCACCACCGCUACCACCACCUGCAUCUGAACCAACAAGUAAUACUAACCAACUGAUCAAUCAAAAACCAAUAAGUCAUUCAAAAGUCGUCACCAUUACUUUGGGAGCGCCAGUUUUGCCAGUUGCGCCCGCUUUGCCAGUUGCGCCCGCUUUGCCAGCUCCGCCCGUUUUGCCAGCUCCGCCCGUUUUGCCAGCUUCGCCCGUCUUGCCAGCUCCGCCCGUUUUACCAGUUGCGCCCGCUUUGCCAGUUACGUCACUUGCGUCAGUUACGCCAAUAAACCGCAUUAUGGACACUAUUCCAGCACGAAUCCCACCUCCAAUGCCAAGCACCAUCGUACCUAUACCGGUUAACUUCGAUGAGGAUAAAAUAAGUUGUUCAAAAAUCGAAACGAAAAGUAAGCAGUUCGAAAACAUUAUCUCCACUGCUACUACUACUACGACCCCCACUACCACCACCUUACCCUCGUCGAACUUAUUGGUCACGCUGAGAACCGCACGACCGAUGGCUCGUACCAAAACCACGCAACUUGAUUCGCAACCCAGCUACCCACAAUCGAAUUCUCCACAGAUUCGCGUAAAAUCACAUGCAGAGCUGCACGCAGAAUCGCCACCAGUAAAAAUGUUUGUCUCAGAGCGUCCACAGCUCCCAAUUCAAGCUCAAAAUUCAGCUCCGACUAAGUUGGCAGUGCCACAGACAUCGCAACUUCAACUACGCUUACAAGCACCACCGAAGGUGCCAAAUCCACUGCAAACCAUAACACUGCCAUGCAUACCACAUCCACAACAAGCACAAUUUCAAAUGCUCCCGCUCACGCCAAUCCAAGCGCAAUCGAAGGCGGCAUCUAAAGCUCAAUCAAAUAUGCAGACUCAAAGUCAAAUUAUACCCACCAAUAUGGGCCAGCUAUUGCCACCUGUUGCAAUCGAGCCACCAUGCGUCCAAAAUCAAACAUUACCAUUAGAUACGAUUAAAACACCAAAGAUUGUGUCGGCCGUUAGCUUGGCACCGCGUGCAUCCUUCUCAGCGCCUUUCACCAAUAAAGGUUUACAAAUAACUGCGGUCGCAUCGGGCAAUUCUGCUACACCACCACCACCACCACCACCACUCCUGCCAAUGCGCGCAACUGCUCCAACUGUGCCCGUAUCUGCUGCACCAACAUCGUCUAGGCCGCCGUUGCCCACGCUGGAGCCACUCUCAAGGGCGUUGGGCACUGCAGGCAUUUUAAAUCUACCAUUUCCAUUGCCGGAUAAUACAAAUAUUGUCAAAUGUCCACCACCUUUAAAUAUGCUCAACAGUAAUCCGAUCACCGCUGUGGCGCCCGUGCCAAACAUGAAUGCUAUUGCGCCGCUUCCCACUGUGCAACGGCCUACUGCAACUGCAAAUACUAAGCCGACUGCAAAUGCCCAGCCGACUGCUUCACGGCCUUCACUCGAACCGGCAAUACCAACUACAGUUCUGCCUCGUCCUCGUGUAAUACCAGCCUCACAGCUGAAUGCUAACGAAAUUAUGAUCGAGUUAAUUAGUUCGGUGAAUGGCAAUCAAUUGGUUGUGCAUGGCCCACCAUUGGAACAGAGAUAUUCGCUGCCAAUGAGCACAACAGCGCUAUUAAUCAGAGAAGUGCUAUCCAUUCCAUACCUGCACAAGAAGGACUACAAUAAGCCAGCGCAGGUUCAUAUGUGUUGGCUAUAUUUGGCUAAGCGUUUCAACUUGCCCGUGCAUAUUUGCAAGGCCUGCUGGAAUUUCCUAUCAGAAAACUUCACACAUUUCCCUCAAAUCGCGCCUAUAGAAGAGCUAACGAAACCCGUCAAGGUCGGCAUUAAAGUGUGGCGAGAGUCGGCCGUAUACUUUCAAACAUUCAAUGAGAAAGCAGCCCAAUUGCGAUUGCCAAACAUCAAAAAUGCCGUUGAAAAAUUCUUCGACAACAUCAGAGAUCAGACGGAAAAUAUUCCCCGAAUACCUGGAAAGAAAUUAACAUUUGCCGUCGAUUGGCAAGAGGCAGCCAGACAAACGAAUGCGCGCGUGUCCAACAAGCUUUGGUUCGCCACAUGGAAUCUGUUCAGGAGCGCAUUCGCUAAAUUUAUGCGCGACUUGGAGGUCGGUGUCGUCAACUACUGGUGUCUGGAAUGGUGGCGCGUAUUGGCCAAGCUGGAUUUUUUCAUAGAAGAACUCUAUCAUAAUAUGGAACCUUUUUACUAUAUCAUACGAAAUAAAAUGUUUGCCGAAUGUGAACGGUGUAUCAGGGAGGAGCAGAAAUUGAAUGCGGGCUUAUUGAAAAUGGAAACUGUACAGCCGUUGCUGCAAACGAUACCCGACAUAGAUAGCUACCGAGUGAUUCAGGCCGUGCGCCGUUAUCCGCAAAUUUACCAAAAGGCCACCGAGGAUGAGAAGAAUAACGCGUGGGAACAAGUUGCGAUGGAAUUGCAAACGAGUGUGACUUCUUGCCGUUUCGCAUUCCAAUACGCACUGAAAAACUAUCGUCUUUAUGCAGCGCGCGAUCCUGCGAAUCGUUGUCGUCUCAAUCAUCGCUACUAUAAACAUAUGUCCGAAAUAUAUCGAGCUAUAAAACCUAUAAAAAAAUUGAAUAUCAAAACGCCAUCGGAAUUGAACCAAUCGGUAGGUGAAGGUAUCGAGUCAAAUGAGCCAGUAUUUCCCGAGCGCUUCAUUAUGGAUAUUAACAUGAGCAACAGCAGCUCAAAUGUGGUUAUGAAAAAUUGGGGAUACGGUCUGAACGCGAACGUACCGACGGAGAAAUUGCAAGAGCUCUUUGACAAAUAUCGCUCGACUGCUGUGCCGGCUGCCGGAAGCUGUUCAGAACAGCAAGUAAAGAAAUCAGAGCCAGAAACGGUGUAUGUGUAGUAGUCAAAUGAAUGGAUGAGUGGAGAGUUUUUACUUUCAUCUAGUUUUAAAAAUAUUUCUAAGGCAUGCUUUUACAUGUGUGCAUGUAGUUGUAUUUACAGUUUACG